AUGGUCAAGACUCUUCCUUUCGGCGAUAUCCAGGUCCCAACACCAGGCUUUGGUGCCAUGGGCUUGAGCCAUGGUUUGGGUUCCAAUCUGAGCCUCGAAGAAGCCGAGCCAGUCUUGCUAAAGGCCAUUGAACUGGGAUGCACAUUCUGGGAUACUGCCGUUGUAUACCAAGCCGGCGUGAACGAAAAGCUUUUGGGAGACUUCAUCAGGAAGCACAACGUCCGCGACAAGGUUUUCAUUGCCUCUAAGUGUGGUCUCAGUGUUAUGGGAGGGGGAGAUGGCUCCGUUACGAACUCCGCUUCGCAUAUCAAGGAAUACAUUGAAGGAACCAUUGAGAGACUCGGCUUUACGCCUGAUUUAUACUAUUUGCAUCGGAUUGACCCUAAUACCCCCCUCACAGAGUCCAUUCCGGCUCUUGAUGGAAUUCGCAAGGCGGGGAAGACCAAGUACAUUGGAAUUUCGGAAUGUUCAGCUGCUACACUACGCAAAGCAAACUCAAUCGCCAAGAUCGAUGCUAUCCAAGCCGAAUACUCAGCCUUUGAGACACUUCAUGAGACAGACGGCUUGAUCGAGACAGCAAAGGAGCUGGGCGUGGCCUACGUCGCAUACAGUCCACUAGGACACGGCUGGCUCGUCGAUAACUUCGAUUACAACUCCCCGGAUGACUUUUCCCCUAAUGAUUUCCGCAAAAAUUCUCCCAAAUUCCAAGGUGAGAACUUCUACAAGAAUAAGGCCAUCGUCGAGGAAAUAAAGAAGCUCGCUGUCCGUAAGGGAUGCAAAGUUAGUCAAAUCGCGCUUGCUUGGGUUGCCUCCCAAGGAUUUAUCCCCAUUCCGGGAACAACCAAGGCAACCCGCCUAGAGGAGAACUGGGCUUCUCGUGAUAUUGAAUUGACCGAGGAGGAAAAGCAAGCAAUGCGCCGAAUUAUCGAUGCUGCCAAGCCACACGGAAACAGAUAUGGCCCCGCGCAUCAGGCAAUGGUUGGGCAUUAA